UCUCCGAGCCCAGAACCGUAGUCUAUAUAAACUGCCCCACAGCCAUCCCUCAAAAACCCUAAUCAACUGUAAGGUAAACCGGAGCAAGAUCAGCUGCAGCAGCAGGACCAUUUCUUCUUCAUCUCCGCGGCCGACUCUCCGUUUCGUCGAAGAUGAAGUUCAACAUCGCAAAUCCGACCACUGGAUGUCAGAAAAAGCUUGAAAUCGACGAUGACCAGAAACUCCGAGCCUUUUUUGACAAGAGGAUCUCUCAAGAGGUCAGCGGAGAUGCUUUGGGUGAGGAAUUCAAGGGCUAUGUAUUUAAAAUAAUGGGAGGUUGUGACAAGCAAGGCUUCCCAAUGAAGCAGGGAGUGUUGACUCCAGGUCGUGUUCGGCUUUUGCUUCACCGAGGUACACCUUGCUUCCGGGGAUAUGGCAGGCGAAAUGGAGAACGUAGAAGGAAGUCUGUUCGUGGAUGCAUAGUCAGCCAGGAUCUGUCAGUCUUGAACUUGGUUAUUGUCAAGAAGGGUGAGAGUGAUCUGCCUGGACUGACUGACAUUGAGAAACCAAGAAUGAGAGGUCCAAAAAGGGCAUCAAAGAUUCGGAAGCUCUUUAACCUUUCAAAGGAGGAUGAUGUCAGGAAGUAUGUCAACACAUAUCGUCGAACUUUCACAACCAAAUCUGGGAAGAAGUGCAGCAAAGCUCCCAAAAUACAGAGGCUGGUUACUCCCUUGACACUUCAGAGGAAGCGUGCGAGGAUUGCUGACAAGAAGAAGAGGAUUGCAAAGGCCAAGUCAGAGGCAGCCGAGUAUCAGAAGCUUCUUGCUUCCAGGUUGAAGGAGCAGCGUGAACGUCGUAGUGAGAGCUUGGCAAAGAGGAGGUCCAAGCUCUCUACAGCCUCUAAGCCAUCUGGUACCGCUUAGGCUAACUGAGGUAUCAUCCUUAGUGUUUUCGGGUAAUGUUUAGACGGUAUUACUUUUUCUUUGUUACUGAGGAAUUUGGCCAUUUUUUAGAUUUGAGAUCAUUGGAUAAUUUUCCGUUCUGCUUAAUAUGUAGCUUUUUUGGGUUAUAUCUCUAGACAGUUCGUUACUAAGGGAAUUUAGCCAUUCUUUAGAUAUUUGAGGUCAUUGGAUAAUUUUGGGUAUGGUAUUGUUCUACUUAUAAUAUGCAUUUGGGAUUUGUUUGAGUU